UACAUCUAAAUACAGUCUAGCGGAAGCCUGGGUUUCAAAGAACGAGAAUCUAGUAAAUGUAGGCUGUGUGGUUCGCCCUACCAAGAAGUAGUUCAUACUGGACCUCGUUUUAUUGUUUUGCUGUGCACACUCAUUUAACUGACGUGAGCUUGAAUGUUUAGGACAUUAUUCAUGGACAGAAGUAAUCAUUAAUUGCGCCGAGGGUCUGAUGUCGAUCUAGUGGAGCCUGCAGGAGGUGAAGCUGAUUCUUCUCAGUUGCUCUCCGGCAAUGAUGGCGUCCAGAUACGGGUACGGAUCCCGGACCAUAGGCAAAGAUGAUGUCAACUACAGAAUGCAUUUCCGUAUGAUCAACGAGCAGCAAGUUGAGGAUAUCACUCUCGACUUUUUCUAUAAGCCACAUACAAUAACGUUGUUGACAUGCACAGUGCUCAGCUUGAUGUAUUUCGCAUUUACAAGGGAUGAGACCAACGAAGACUCAAACUUGUGGGUGGGACUCAUCCUUGUCAUCUCCUUCUUCCUGGUCAUCAGUGUUUUGGCCUUCCCUAAUGGACCAUUUACAAGACCACAUCCGGCAAUAUGGCGGAUUGUUUUUGGUCUGAGUGUUCUGUACUUCCUGUUCCUGGUGUUUAUCAUCUUCUUGAACUGGGAGCAGGUGAAAAGUGUCAUGUACUGGCUUGACCCAAAUCUGCGCUACGCCACCCGGGAGGCGGACGUCAUGGAGUACGCUGUCAACUGUCACGUGAUCACCUGGGAGCGAAUCCUGAGCCACUUUGACAUCUUUGCCUUCAGUCACUUCUGGGGGUGGGGCAUGAAGGCCCUGCUCAUCCGCAGCUAUGGCCUAUGCUGGACCAUCAGCAUCACCUGGGAGCUCACCGAGCUGUUCUUCAUGCAUCUGCUGCCAAACUUUGCCGAGUGCUGGUGGGAUCAGGUGAUCCUGGAUAUCCUGCUGUGUAACGGAGGAGGCAUCUGGAUGGGCAUGACUGUCUGUCGCUUCCUGGAGAUGAGGACUUACCACUGGGCCUCAAUCAAAGACAUCCACACGACGACAGGGAAGAUCAAGCGUGCCGUGCUCCAGUUUACCCCGGCCAGUUGGACGUACGUCCGCUGGUUUGACCCCAAGUCUUCCCUGCAGCGGGUCACUGGGGUCUACCUCUUCAUGAUCAUCUGGCAGCUAACAGAAUUGAACACGUUCUUCCUAAAGCACAUAUUUGUUUUCCCGGCGUGCCACGCCCUCAGCUGGUGCCGGAUCCUUUUCAUUGGCAUCAUCACAGCACCAACUGUGAGACAGUACUAUGCCUACCUCACAGACACGCAGUGUAAACGGGUUGGGAUGCAGUGCUGGGUGUUCGGGGCCAUUGCAUUCCUGGAGGCCUUGGCGUGUGUCAAGUUUGGCCAGGACCUCUUCUCCAAGACCCAGGCCCUGUAUGUGGUGGUCUGGCUGGUGUGUGUGGCCUUCAUUACAUUCCUGUGUCUGUAUGGGAUGGUUUGGUAUGCUGAGAAUUACGGCCCCAGAGAAAAGAGCUACUCCGAAUGCGAGGACAGUAACUACAAUGAGGACUUUGUGUCGGAGGAGUAUAAAAGUGAGCUGGAUUCUGAGGGUGAGGCUCCUACAACCCGCAGGAGGGUCCAGAGCGCUGGGAGGAGCAAGUCCACCAAUGGCCUGGGAAAUAAUUAAAGCAAGCCCCACCCCCAGGGUUGAGCCCCGCCCUCUCCUCUCUGAACCUCAUGGAGACCACAGGGCUUGGAGUUGGAUUUGGGGAGAGACGGAAAGGAGGCGAUGCUCGAAGAAAGAAGGGAAGGAUACCAGCACACUCCCUGUGCAUUUAAACAUUUACCAUAAACCACCCAUCCACGACAUAAGAGGAGAGAGAGAGAGCGUGGACCCGGGUUAGAGGCUUGGUCGCUGGGCAGGAUAGACCAAUGCCAGGUCUGUGUCCAUGCAGGGUUGUAGGGGAAGGGGAAGGGGCGGGGGACAUGGCCUACAGAUUUCCACGUAGGUACCUACAGGUGAAACGGUCACCACUCCAAACUAUUCUACUGCCGAUCACUGUGUGGGGUGUUGUUGUUUUGUUUUUUCCUGCGUGUCUGUCUGUUUGUCUGCCUGUGUGUGUCUGCGUGUUCCUGUUUUACUAUCUGAAACAAGGAAAGUCGUGCAAAGUGAGGAGAUUUAGAAGUCUUCACUAUCAAGAAGCUUAAUCUGACUUGGGGUAAAGUUUAGGUUUAGAGUUUAGGAUGAAAUUAUUAUUAGGAUUUAGGUUAGGUAAAGAGGGUUAGGAUUUAGUUCAGCAUUAUGGGGUUAGCUUUAUGAGUUAGUGUUUGGUUAACGUUAGGCAUAAAGGUUAAGUUAUUGAGGAUAGGGUUAUUGUUAGGGUUAGUUAAAAUGGUUAUUUUUAAUGGCACUCAAUUACCGGUCAUGACUUUGAUAGUAAAGUCUUUGAGUGUGUGUGUGUGUGUGUGUGUGUGUUUUUGUUUGUUUUGUGGGUGAGAAUGUGAUGACAAUAUUGCUCAUCCUCAGUUGGAACAAAAUAAUGCAUGUUUCAUUGUACAGGAGCUGGUAAACUGCUCUGAUUGGAGAUCUACAUUUUACGCUAUAAAAUAUAUAAUGAAUGUGCUUGAGCCUUACUUUAAUAAACCAGUCCUGUUUUGUCGUCAGACCAACGUAUUUAUGAAACGACUCCGAUGUUUUUAACUUUGGACAGGUCUUUACCCGGUGUUAUGGUCACCGUUUAGUUUUUAUCACUCGAACAAAUUGAAGAAUGUGAACUGUGGACAUGGUAAAACAUUUCAGAACACUGACCUGGAAACAGGUGAUCUCCUGCCCAUGUACGUCUAGGUGAUCAUAAUCUGAAAGGCUGAAACUGAUCCUCGAGUGAAUUGCCUGGUGCAAAAUGGCACCAGGAUUUUAAUGCAAAGCAGCUUUGGCAAGAAACAAAGUAAGGAAGGACAUACUGUUAAGACCGUUUAAGCACUUUUUUUUUUUUUUUUUAUGAGCCUGCCGCUGCUUCAGCUUCAUAAUGUAUGUUGACUUCCAUUGUAUUGGAGAUACUGUACAUUUACUGUAAUGUUUUCUCUUUGGUGUCUUUUGUGAAAUCGUUGUGACCUUGAGUGAUUUUGUUUUGUUUUCUCAGAUGGCACCCUACGAUCAUAGUGUAUUCUUUUACCUGCACUAUGUUUUAAUAGGAUGCCGUUUGGAAGCUCACUAUCCCUUUACAUCCAUGGCUGCUAUCUUUUUCCGCGUUCUUGUAAAUGACAAAUUGUCUUGGACCUUCAAUUUAUCUGUACAGGCAGGUAGCUUCGUUGUCCAACUUCUCGUUCUGGUCUACAUUGGCCAUUGGCAUGGCUGAGUGGAAAUGGGUCUGGACGUUUCUGAACGGGCCCAAGGGCGAUUUGAGUAAAAAAGGGUCUUCAAUGUCACAACGUCACAAAGCCAGUCAUUCAACGUCUGUUUUUUUAAAAUUAAUUCUAAGCCCUUGUGCUUAUAUGUAUGCAUGUACUAUUAAAUUCUUUUUUUCAUUUAAUUAUUUUUUUUCAAGCUCCAGCAUUUUUUUUUUUUUUUUUUUUGGGUUUGUAUUUCACCUACUCCUUUUUGUUUUUAAGUCGUGUUUUUGUUACCAUUAUCUGGUGAGAUCUCCGAGGGUCCUAUCAAGGUGCAAUAGGUUCUAUCGGUCAGUCACAGGCCCAAUUCCAGUACUUUUCAAAUGCAUCCAUCCUUCCUUCCUCCAUGUCUCGCUCGGAAUGAGCACUGUUCUGAUUAACUCGAUCGGCUACCUUUGCAUAUAGGAUUACUUCUAAUCCCUGAGGUGUGCUCUGGCAAAUAGACGUUAUCGUUCUCACCACCCAUCCAGUUGUCAGGCCGGAGAUCAAGGAAGGAAGGAAGGAAGGAAAGGAGGAAGGGAACGAGGCAUGUCUCCAGACACCAGACAAUCUCAGACACUGACAGUCAUUCCCCAGGUAGCGAGGACCCGGUUCCCUUGCUGGGUGGAAUAUGGCACCAUUGUUUGUACGCUGUUUUGCCAAAACAACUCUGUCUUUAAGGAAACUUUUGUUUUUCACUGUGAAAUAAUAAGACUUAUUAAAACUGUUUUGCAUUUUCUCCAA